GUGUAAUCAAGCUGACGUUUAAGACCACGAAGAACAAAUAAAAGGGGAAGGAGUAAAAAAAAAAAACACGAAAACAGCAGUUGAGUCUUUUCUUCCGCUUGGACUUGGACCGAACGUCUUAGGAGACAAUCAGCAGAGUUUUUGACUUUAAGCGACCUGCUGACCGACAAUGGCUGUGAACGUCUACUCCACCUCUGUGACCAGCGACAACUUGAGUCGCCACGACAUGCUCGUCUGGAUCAACGAGUCCCUGCAGAUGAACCUCACCAAGAUCGAGAUGUUGUGCUCAGGUGCUGCCUACUGCCAGUUUAUGGACAUGAUGUUCCCGGGCUCCGUGCCUCUAAAGAGGGUCAAGUUUGCUGCCAAGCUGGAGCACGAGUACAUUCACAACUACAAGCUCCUUCAGAUUGCUUUUAAGAAGAUGAACGUCGACAAAAUCAUCCCCGUGGACAAACUGGUCAAGGGCAAAUUCCAAGACAACUUUGAGUUUGUGCAGUGGUUCAAAAAGUUCUUUGACGCCAACUAUGAAGAACGGGUUUACGACCCGUUGGAGGCGAGGCAGGGCCAGGACGCUUCGCCCGCCGCCAACGCCGCCAUGUCUGCGCUCAGCAAACCCCCGAAGAAGACCAUCAGUCAGGCUCCUCAGAGGCCGCCUGUUGCCAAGGUAGCGCCCAAGGUGUCAACCGUCAGCGCCAGGAAGCCUGGUGGUGCAGGAGCUGAUGACGACAGGGCGGAGCUACUGAAUGAAGUCGAGGUCCUGAAGUGCACCAUCCAGGACAUGGAGAAGGAGCGAGACUUUUAUUUUGGUAAGCUGAGGAACAUUGAGUUGAUUUGCCAGGAGAAUGAAGGCCAGGGCGACCGCACGCUGCAAAGGAUCGUGGACAUCCUGUACGCCACAGACGAGGGAUUUGAGAUACCGGAUUCUGAAGAGCAGGAGGAGUUUUAACAUUUGAAGACCACAGGCUGACCCCAAACCGCCCCCCCCCAUCCCCUCCAUCCAAUCCCUCCACCACCUACGUCGACGUUGCGGUCGCGCCUCUCCACCCCGCUGGGCCCAACUCAAGCCUUCCGCCAGCAAAUGUCUCAGCCGCCGGCCUCUUCUUCUUGCACGCCCCAAGAAGUAUCAGAUGUUUUGUAUGAGGCUGGAGUGGAAGAUGACGACGUUUUGCGUGUGUGCAUGUGCGUGCAUGUAUGUGCUGUGCAUCUUUAACAAUCCACAUCAUCCUCCUUUGAAGACCCGACUGUCAGUUGACCAAUCAGUUUGUCCCAAACUAAGUCCAAUUUAACCUUUUUGUUUGCUUGGGGUUUUUCCACUGCCAAAUGAGUGCCUGGCUUUUUCGUUUUUUACAUUCCCAACCAGUCAUGUAAUUUGAAAAGACGCCACGUGUGUCGCCUCACUCCUUUCAUUGAGGCUCCAAAUGUCACCCCCGUGCUGCUUGCUGGUGCGUAGCGAGCUGCCAAGUGUCACCUUCCACCCCUGAAGGGCUGAAGGGCUUGUAGCUUGGCACGGGACGAGUCUGGCAGUCUGGUCUUCACUCGUCGACUAAAGCGGGAAUUCUCAAAGCGUCAAAUGCAGUCCAGGCCAAUGGAGGCGGACCUGGAUCAGUGCAAACGCUGAAUGUUGUGUAAUUGUGUUGAGUGUAUGUGUGUAAAAAUGUAUUUGUGUUGUUUGAGAUCAGCCUCCUUACUUUGGAACAAACUCAGUCAAAUGGCCUUAAUCGAGCAACCUGCAUUCAUUGUCUUGACCAUUUCUCUCCAGUGUAAUGUUCUCAGUGUUUUCAUGUCGUCUAAAGAAAAAACUUGAUGUCAGGGGUUUGUUAGGACUGUAAAGCUCAGACAUGGGUGUGGCAGGCUCACCUGUCUUCCAUCGAGCGCGUCUCUGGUUGCCGAGGCUUUCCUUUGCUGUGUGGGUGCUCCAAAGGCGCAAACGUUCACCUUCAAAGCGGAGCGUCCUGCCAAAAUCACGGGAGACGAGCAGCAGUCUCGUGUCCCCAGGGCCUUUUUUAACCCAGUGAAUGUUGCACACAAUCAGACGGUGCCUGCGUGUUCUUUUGCCUUCUCAUUAAAAACAGACUGUUUCCAAAUCUUCA